ACCAGACUGCGAUAACUGAUGCACCGGCAAUGUCAAAGUUGUCAUGUUAUGCGACCUCGGGGAUGUAUUAAUGAUCACAUAAACCUAAUUUACACGAGAAUAACGGAAGAUAACCUUCCUUAGAAACAUCGGUUUACAUUUUUAAAGGCCGGCUUGAUUGCUUUUUUUCUUUCUAGCCUCUUGUAGGCGUCUGAACUCGACAAGAUGCGCCUCACCAUUCAGAUGUUGAUAUCCCAUGGCCGGGUGGCCCGUAAAAUGGGUCUCGGUCCAGAGUCCCGAAUAAACAUGCUUCGGAACAUUCUUACCGGCCUCGUUCGACACGAGAGGAUAGAGACCACCCGAGGCAGAGCAGACGAAGUUCGAUUCUAUGCUGAAAAGUUGAUUGACUAUGCCAAGAAGGGAGACACUGACGAGAAAGCGAUGAAAAUGGCAAAUUUCUGGCUCACAGAAAAGGAUCUGAUCCCAAAGCUCUUCAAGGUCCUGGCUCCCAGGUUUGAGACCCAGCCCAAAGCCUACACCCGGAUGGCCCGCAUUCCCAACAGGGAGAACCUGGACAAGGCUGCUAUGGCUGUGCUGGAGUAUAAAGGCAACCCAUUCCCACCUCUCCAGACCGCCAAACGAGACAAUGAACUCACACUAAUCAACCAGCUCCUGAAAGGCUACAGAGAGGAGCGGGCACAGCAGGCAGCAGCCAAGGUUGAGGCAUGAUGCAACCAGCCACACACUGACCUUACAUGUGUUAGAUCAGGGGUGUGUUCGGUGAAACAUUUAGAAUGUCAUGUCUGUUCUACAGUAUAUGAACAUUCUGGAACGUUGCUCCCGCCUGAAUAAGCCCCUGUAAUUCCAUAGUAGAGGACCCGCUGGUGGGUUGUACUCAACUUUUAUAGUCCACAGAUUCUGACUAGGUCCUGAUUUGGAAACAUUGUGUUGUCAUCUGAUUUGGAAACAUUGUGUGUAAUAAGAAAAGCACCCAACACUUUUGGUGGAUAACAGUACAGAAACAUGGGGUGCAACUGUUUUGAGGUGACUGGCUACAGUAUUUGACUUUCUAUGGACCCCACGGAACAUGAGGAUGUUGUGUGUCAAAAUAAAUGAUUGUUUGACAAA